GAAUUUCAUUGAUAUAUGGCUGAAGUUGUGAUUACAGAGGGAUAUAUAGUCGGUAGUCGUAGGUUCCUUAAACUACAUUCAACCACGAGAACUGCAAUAGAAACAACCAUGGUUCGAAAACUAGUUUCCAUUCUCGUAGUAGUUGCUUAUUUUGCUGGCAUACAGGCAAGGCCACCAAAUGAACAGAAGCCGCUAGCAAUUCCAUACAAAAUCAAUUCGCGACGAACCCUAGCAACCAUAGCUGUAUCUGAUGCUUUGGCUAAUGAACAGGCAAAACCGGAAGAAGGAAUCGCAGAAGUAACCCAAGAGUUAAAAGAUGAAGGAUUAGACAAUGGGGCAGAAAUCGUUUCAGCUGCAGCAGACGCUGCUCAGAAAGUAACCAAGGUUCUUGCCAAGGAGAUGAGUGUUAAUACAGCUGUAGCAGUUGCAGAAGCAGUUUCUGAAAUUCUUUCUAAAAAGGCAAAACUUUCUGAUGAACAGAAACCAUUAGAAGAACAGCCUACUAGAAGAAACUUAAAUUCUAAUAUGAAUAUAAACAAUAAUCGUAAUUAUUAUCAUACUUAUCACAAACAAAAAAAGGGCAUAACUCACCCACCUGCAAUUUCUAUUAAAAAUAUUUAUGAUAAAGAAGAUGAUGAUCAUGAUGAUGUUAAUGAUGAUGAUGAUGCUUAUGAAGAAGGCAUUACUGACGAGAGUGAAGAAAUUAAUGGAAAUGACUCCUUGGAUGAAGUGGACGAAUAUGGUGAUGAUAAUAAUGAUGAUGAAUCUAGCGAAUCUAAAGAAGACGAUAUAGAGGAACUGCUUCAUAAGCCCAAAGACAAUAAAAGAAGACCGCAAGGAGGCAAGGGUUCAACGAAUGCAAAUAGGAAUUCAAACCACAAUAAGCUUUAUAGAAGAAGUUCUGGAGCGAGACAAAGGAAUACGAACAGUAAUACGAACAUGAAUGUUAAUAACAAUGGCAACGGACACCGUCAUCAUCGUCUACGUCCACAUCCUAUGCUUUAUUAAUUGUAUAGAAAUAUAAUACUUCAUACUUACUGAACUACGUUUGAUGAUUUUUUAAUAUCAGGCGUCAUGGAUGUUUAUAUAUUGAUAUAAGAGCUAAAAUAUGAUAAUAAAGCAAUUGAUGAUUAUA